GAAGUGUUCCAGUUGUUCACCUGUCAGACUCUGAUUCCUCCAGACUCCUCCAGACUCCAACAGACUCCAACAGACCCAGACUCUCUCUGACUCGCUGAGUCCAGCUCCAGCUCUGAGGUUCUACCAGGAUCAGCUCCAGGUGUUCAGGUGUUCAGGUCCAGAGUAGAUGAUCAUCGUGAGGUGGACUGACUGAGCUGACACGAUCUAACCCGGUCUUCUGUCUGCUGCAGAGUAGGCCUGUGCAGGCAUGGAGCCCCUGGCAGUGGAUGAUGACAUCUGCAUCCUUAAACACGAGACGGCCUACACCGCCGCCGGCGAGAGUCCCGUGUCGGUGUGCGCCGGCGAUGAAUCUGUCGCUUCCCACUUCGCCCUGGUCACGGCCUACGAGGACAUCAAGAAGAGGCUGAGAGACACAGAGCGAGAGAACACCUUGCUGAGGAAGAGGGUGAAGCAGCUGGAGGAUAAGCUCUUCCGGCCGGAGGCUCCUCCAUCAGAGGGUCCCCAGUAUGUGAACAAGGCCUUCAGUGCUUACCGAGGUAUCUAUAUAGAGAAGGAGGACCUGCAGAUGGAGCUCAACAAACUGAAAAAGGAGAAGAGCGAGAGUGAGAGGUUGCUGACGGAGCAGCUACAGGCCAAAGAGUUGGAGCUGCUUCAGCUGAGGACGGAGAUGGAGACCAGCCAAGGUACAGGUAGAGCACACACAGUGAUGAAGAGCCUGAACAGCCCUCAGGACUACUGGCAGGUGGAAAUUAGCACUGAGCUAAAGAUCCACAAACUGCAGGAGGAGCUGGAGAGGGUGACACUGGAAAACAGUAGGCUGCUGGAGAGAAGUGGGGAGGAACCCCACGGCCUUAAUGGACCAGACCUGGACCAGACCUGUGACAAUAAGUAUAAUGCAAGAGAGAGGAGCAUGCAGCAGACAUACGAGGCCCUGAGCUGUGAGGUCACUCGUCUCCAUUCAGAGCUGAAGCACCAAACGGGCCUGAUCAGAAAACUCCGACCGCUCGUCAGUGAGAUCAGACAAGCCUCAUCGGUUCCGGUUCAGUGUCUGGACGACGUGGAGAAGAACACCAACCUGUCGGUCUGUCGGUCCUCAUCAGUGCCUCGCCCCCCCAGCGCCCCCCCGCUCCCCUCGUGCUCGGGCCGGCCCUGCCCCCCCCCCGCCGGCGGGCCGUCGGGUCCCCUGCUGCCGGACAGCCUGCGGGAGGACUGUUGGUACAACGGGCCGUGGCCGUCCCAGAGCUGCUCUGGAGAGGACUCCUGCUCCGUGGUCCUGCCCCCCCCGCCCCUGAACCAGGCCUCUCUGGAUGACAGCUCCCGCUCCUUCCCCAGCCCCCCCAAACCCAGCGACGCCAUGUUCUGGGAGGGACACUCCGCCGCCUCCAACUCCUCAUCCUCAAUUGGAAACCUCGGCCCCAGGAGCCCCCCCAACGCCGAGUGGGCCAAGCCCUACUGAGAGUGGGCCGAGCCUACUGAGAGUGGGCAUGAACGGACUCUCCAACCCUGCCACAUAGCUACCACCUAACCUGCCUUACGUUGAUAAGACCACUCCUCUGGACUGGACCUGCUGGACCUGCUGGACUGGACCUGCUGGCUGAGGGGGACGGACUGAGGCCAGAGGAACCUCUCUGCACACUGCAUCGGUGAACAUAUGGGACUUUGCAGAGGAACAUUUGAGAGACCCUCAAGCAGAAUUGUGUGUGUGUGUGUGUGUGUGUGUGUGUGUGUGUGUGUGUGUGUGUGUGUGUGUGUGUGUGUGUGUGUGUGUGUGUGUGUGUCUAUGGCCCGCCAGUAUCUGUAUCUCGUAUCACAAUAACCCUGAACUGAUGGGGCUCAAAGGGCCUCCAUUCUCCUCCACUGGGGCCGGUGACCAGCAGGGCCGGUGGUCAGCGGGGCCACAGCAUCGUACUACAAGUUGUAAAACUGUCCUCCCUCCAAUGCAAGUCUUUUUACCUUUGAUCGCUGUAAAGUAGAGAUGGUAUGUAGUCCAGUGUUGGUCUCCUGAUGGUGUGAUGGAGGUGUGGAGGAGGUGUGGAGGUAUGACGAUGUGCUGUGAUGGAGACGUACAGUAACUGGAGGAUAAUCACAUUUUAAAAGCUACCAAAUGACAUCUUUCUUUUUUUUCAAUCGAAAUUGUUAAUUCAUUAAAGGGACUGUUUGUUAGAAUC